AGGAGGGUUAAAGGAUGAAGUCCUCAGAUUGAAAGGGGACGAGGAAUCAAGUGAAGAGUUGUACAAGUUUAAUGAAUGACCAGUAGGUGGCGCUUGAAGACCAGGAUUAUAAGAGUCCGUUUGAAGGAUCUCCUCUGCGGGUUGUAAAACCUGAUUUCAUGUGGAUCUCUCCGGUAGCUGUUGAGAUAUUAAACUUCACUACAGUGUUGGAGCACUGUUGGCUGCUAAAAAUAGUGUUUGGGUCUUUAAGAUAAAGAUCCUCCUGCCAAGAUGGCUGACGAGAAGAGACUGUCAGCCAGGCGUAAGCACCAGUUGAAGAGCUGUAUGCUGGUGGUGGCCGGCAACCUGCUGGAUGCAGAAUCAGGCGUGAAGUCCGGUGAGAGGGAGAAGUUCCUGGCCGACAAGAUUCCUCCUCUGGAGCUGCCGUACUCCAAAGGCGAGCUGGAGGAACUCUGCAUGAAACUUCACGAACAGAUCGACCUCAGUGAGGAGGAGAGAUACUGCAUAGAGUUCAAGCUGAACUUGGUCCUGAGUGAGGUCCGAGACCUCAACAUAAAGAUCGUGGACCUGAGGGGAAAGUUCAAGAGACCGAGACUGAAGAAGGUGCGUAUGUCCGCCGACGCCAUGCUGAAGGCUCUGCUGGGCUCCAAACACACGGUCAACAUGGACCUGAGGGCCAACCUGAAGCAGGUCAAGAAGGAGGUCAAAGAGGAGGACAAGCAGCUGCGUGACGUGGGAGACUGGCGUAAGAACAUUGAAGACAAGUCUGACAGGAAGAAGAUGUUCGAUGGUUAAAUGUGAUCCGUCUGCCGAUUGGUUUUCAGGACAGAGUUCAGGAUUGAUGUCUUUGAAACUGAAGAGCUUGAUUCCAAAUUACUGCAAACCCUUCAAAUACUGAAUAUCUUACACAUAAUUUAAGACGGGCGCUUGUUUGUUGUUGAGCUUAUUUAAAGGUACAGUAAGGGAUUAAUGGUUUUUAUUGUCACAGGAAUUUGAAAGUAGAAGCAGUUGAAUGUGUUUUGAGUGCGAGCUGAUUUGGACAGUUCUUCAGUUUUCUUGAUUUGGAAUGAAACUCCUCAGUUUAAAAUAAUCUGCUUUCUGCUUUAUCUCCAUGUUCUGUGAUGUUACUGUAACGUGUGAUGUUAGUAUACGAGUGCUUUGGGUUUGCAGAGGCUGACGUGUUCUUCUGCUUUAAAAUAUUGCUUUUCUCACGAUGUGGCCGAGAGAAUCAUCAUUUCACUGAACAGCUCCAGUUAAAAUUAUCACUGUUGAUUAAUGUGCUUCACUUAAAAACAGAAAGCCUGUACAUUUAUUCAUUAAAGCAGUACAAACUCA